ACGUGAAGUUUAGAAAGCCUCUGCCUCGCAUGAGCAAGAGUUCUUCUGCGACCCGAGUGUGCCACGUGCGGAGGGAGAACCGAUUACUGUGACGAGGCGAGACGGGGUGUUCCAAGAGGAACUCCUCCCCGGCCAGCAUCUCAGCGAUCCCGAAAGCGCCACCCUCCAGAAACAACGUGGCCAGCCCUCCUUCCUUCCUUCCCUCCCUCCCUGCCUCCCUCCUUCGGUGCUCGCGCCGCCUCCGCCCCACGCCGGCAGUGCCCGCAGGGCGAGCCGCCUCCCGGGUGCGCGCUCCGCCCGACGCCUUCCGUCCCGCGACGGAUCCUCUCGGCUUCUUGCCUUGACCCUCCGGCGGCGGCGGCGGCGCGCAUGACUUUCGAAGACGCCCCGGGCAGUCAUGGAGACCUUCCCAGUGGAGCUCGACAAUGUCACUCUCAGUGCGGCCCCAGCGGCACAGUCUGGUGGUCAGGAUCAAUAGGAGUCAGUCUUUCGCUGGGGUCAAUUCUGUUCAAGACAAAUCUUUCAGGAAUUUCCCUGCAUUCAGCACACCGACAGUUUCCAGGAAGUCUGGCUCCAGAGUCAGUAGGAUGUUUUCAAUGUCCCACAAGUCCCCUCCACCCAAGGUACCCCAGCCAGAGCGACUUGACGAAGUGUAUGAAGCACUGAAGAAAGGACUAACUGCUUAUCUAGAAGUGCACCAGGUGGAACUGGACAAGCUUAAUACCCAGAUUCGGGAGUCAAAGAGGAAUUCUCGCUUGGGCUUUCUGUAUGACCUUGAUAAGCAAGUCAAGGCCAUCGAACGGUUCCUGCGUCGUUUGGAGUUUCAUGCUAGCAAGAUCGAUGAGCUCUAUGAGGCCUACUGUAUUCAGCGACGACUCCGGGACGGAGCCCACAACAUGGUCAAGGCCUACACAGCUGGUUCACCUGGCAGCAAGGAGGCACGCGAGAGCUUGGCUGAAGCUGGCAAGGGCUACAAAGAAUACACAGAGAACAUGUGCCUGUUGGAGAGCGAACUGGAGAGCCAGUUGGGAGAAUUUCACAUCAAGAUGAAAGGACUGGCUGGCUUUGCUAGGCUGUGUGCUGGGGACCAAUAUGAGAUCUUCAUGAGGUAUGGGCGGCAGCGAUGGAAGCUGAGGGGACGCAUUGAGGCAAAUGGCAAGCAAGUGUGGGAUAGUGAGGAGAUUAUUUUCCUUCCUCUCAUCACAGAGUUCUUGUCUAUCAAGGUUACAGAGCUCAAGAGCCUGGCCAGUCAUGUGGUAGUGGGGAACGUCUCUUGUGAAACGAAGGAUCUCUUUGCAGCGCUGCCUCAGGUGGUGGCAGUAGAUAUCAACGACCUGGGAACGAUCAAGUUGAGUCUAGAGGUGAACUGGAACCCCUUCGAUAAAGAGGACCAGCCGUCAUCUGCCAGCACCAUGAAUAAGACCUCUACAGUCAACAAGAGAUUCUCCACGUAUAACCAGAGCCCACCUGAUACGCCUUCCAUGAGGGAGCAGGCAUUUUAUAACAUGUUGCGGCAACAGGAGGAACUGGAGAAUGGGGCAGCUUGGUCCAUCUCUUCAGAGUCGUCAGAUGAUUCGUCCAGCCCCCAACUCUCUGGAAGUGCCCGCCAUACUCUGCACAGACCAGUGGUGCAACCUGCAGUGCAAGCUGUUGCACCUGCCAUUGAAAUUGCCUUUACACAGCCUGAGGACAAAGAACUGCCAGUCCUCCAAGAGGAAGUGAUGGCUGUGGCUAAUGGGCAUGUGCCCUAUGCCAGGACUCUUAGCCAGAUCAGUGAGGCCAGUGUGGACCUGCCUGUGGCAGAGGACAAAGAGUGCCCUACCCCCAGAGACUCUUGUCCUAAACAAGAGUUGCCUCUCCUGGAAACAAACACUUUGCCUCAAAGUGUGGACUCAGUGCAGGACAAUGCUGCUCAGAUCAGUGAAAGGGAACAGUUGAAGGCUGAACCGGAGGAGACUACCCCUCUUGCAGAAGAGAGUGGGGACACGGCCUCUCCAUCCCAGCAAGUUCACCAACCUAGACUCACUCUGUCCCUCCCUGCAGCCCCCAAACGCCAUCAGCUGACUAGUGUCUCGGAAGCAGCCAGACCCAGACCCAUGGACUGUGGGCUGGAGGAGGCCAUCAGCUCAUUGGCAUCUGCUUUGGAUGACUACCGGGGCCAGUUCCCAGAGUUACAAACUCUGGAGCAGCAGCUCAAGCACCUGGAAGAGAUUAUCCUGCAAAAAAAGAAUGUCUGUCUGAGCCGAGCAUCCAGCACUAGCCUGACAGUGGAGCAUGCCCUGGAGAGUUUCAGCUUUCUCAAUGCUUCUGAUAUUGAAGAUUCAGAUGGAGAAGAAGAUGGGAAGGUUAGCAGCACACAGUCUGUACCUUCAGACAGGGUACCAGCAGUGGGGGAGGCUGUUGCUGAAGACGUAGCUGGAUAUUUGAAUUCAGAGAGUGGCUCAGAGCCUAUGAGCACCGGCAAUGAAUUCCUUGACCAGGCCUUGGUUCUCCAUCUCAGCCAUUGUAAUCGGUUGCUGUUGAAGCUGGGCAAUUUUGGACCCCUCCGCUGCCGGGAAAUGUAUGCUCUUGAUGGCCUGGCAAGGGAAGUGCAGAUCCUGGAAAUCAUCUGCCGUCUGGUGGAGGAACGAACAGGGUUAGCCAACUCUGCUGAGGAAGUGGUACAAUUUUCUACAUGGAAAGAGGGAGUCCUUCCUUUCUGGGACAGCUGCACGGUUAUGCCUAAUGUGUAUACCUGCCCUGUAGAAAGGUUCCUCCAGACACUUAAUUCCCAAUAUGCAGCACGAAUCAAUGAACACCAACAAGGUCUAGCAGAUCCAGUGUGUGUGAAACUGGUGGAGGAACUUCUACAACGCAGGCUGCCUAGACGCCAGGGUAGCUGUCAAGUUGAGCAGGUCACCCUCUUCCAGUACUGGAGCUACUUUGAGGCAUUGCCUGCCUUGGCCCUGGACUCAUGCAUCAUGGAGUUGACAGAAGAAGUUUUGCUAACACAGAACCUGAAUUCUGAUGACCAAGAUGUGGUGCUGAAGGCCCUAAAGCGCAUUCCUGAGAGUCGACUCCGCAAGGAUGGACUGAAGGCCUUGAGCUUGCUUCUUAUAGAAGGAAAUAGCAAAGUCGUUGGGGCCGUGUCCGCACAGUUGCGCAGCCUGUCAGAAAAUCCUGGCUUCCGAGAACGGGCCCUGAUUUCCUACCUUGAGCAGUUGGAGGAUGAAGAGGUGCAAAUACGGAUUGCUGCUUGUGCAGCUCUGGGCUGUCUGAAGGCUAAGGAAAGUAUUGAGCAGCUGGUGUACCUGUGUCAAACAGACAAAGAGCCUGUGCGAGAGGCAGCCAAACAGAGCCUCAUGCUGUGUGGGGAUGAUGGAAAAUCUGCUCACCGACGGCUGGAGGAAUCCCUUGACAGUCUGCCACGGAUUUUUGCCCCAGGGAGCUUGGCCAGCACUGCAUUCUGAGAGGCACAGACUUCACAUGCCACAGAAUUUCAACUAAGUCACAUAGCCAGCAUUCAAACCAGUGUGUCACAGACUAAGGCAGCUCUUUGCCUCUCAGUAUGCACACACAUAGCAGUAUCAGCACCACCAACAUGCUGCCUUAUGUGGAUAAUGCCUUUUUUCCUUAGCCACACUGGUUGCUGCACUCAUGGGCACAAGGGCAUUGAGAGUAUCCCGUGUUUGUUGGUUUUGAAAGAAUGUGGGAUUCUUGUUAUUAGCCAGGACCAGGAUUUCUGGUGGGGAAACAACAAAAGCUAGACAUGGCAGAUUGUCCUCAGGUCUAAAGACAAUUUCUCAUUCAAGAAAAAUCUUUGAAAAGCUGUAUAUGUUCAAAAUCCUACUUUAGUUUGUUGUCAUCUUACCAUAUUCUCCCAUCUUCUGGGGUGGGGAAUACUGCAGGAAAUUGGGGCCAAGGUAUAUUCUGCUACUGACAGGGAACAUUUCUGUCUUGGUUGUGUGAGGGAGAGAAAUCAGAGAAGGGAAUCUUCUUCCUUCUGGUGGGUGGGGGAAGGUUGUUUUUAGUUAUGAUGCUGUGGAAGACAGAAGCAAUAUGGAUAAAGCAGAAGCUGCCACCGCUUGUGCUAUUUUAUUAUUUUUAUUGACAUAUUUUUGAGGAGACUGCAGAUAAAUGAAAGCAAAAAAGUCCCUUUUCUAUAAAGUAUCUAUAAAUGUAUCUCUCUCUUUGUGUGUGCGUAUACACACACAAAGAGAUAUAUCUUCCACACACACAGAGAGAGAAAAGGUUUGGCUAAUUUUGACUUUAAGCCUGAAAUAAAAAGAAGCUUAAACCAAA